GAGGUUUACGAUACGUCGAUUUCAUUGGUCGAAGUGUGUUUUCAAAUGGUGGUUGUCUUGUUUUUGUAUGCUAGUUGUAACGGAUUUGAGGAAAUUGUGUUAAAUAUGGCACAGAAUGUAAAUCCUUUCGUUCAGACGCAAACUACGUCACCAAAAACGAGCGAAGAAACACAAUCUAGAUCAAAUGAUAACCAUGCUGUUAGCAAAAGAUUGCAGAAAGAGCUGAUGAUCUUGAUGAUGAGCUCGGACAAGAGCGUGUCAGCGUUCCCGGAAGGCGAGAACCUCUUCAAGUGGAUCGGCACCAUCACCGGGCCGGAGGGAACAGUCUUUGAGGGCUUGGUGUACAAGCUGUCGCUGGAGUUCCCGCACAGCUACCCCUACUCUGCGCCUCUGGUGAGGUUCGUGACGCCCUGCUUCCACCCCAACGUGGACAUGGUCGGCAACAUCUGCCUCGACAUCCUCAAGGAGAAGUGGAGCGCCCUGUACGACGUGCGCACCAUCCUGCUGUCCAUACAGUCGCUGCUCGGGGAGCCGAACAACGACAGUCCGUUGAACCCGACGGCGGCGCGCCUGUGGAGCAACCAGCCGGACUAUCGGCGGACGCUGCACAGAGAGUACGAGAAGACGUCCAAGAACCAGUAGUGGGCGGAGUAGCGUGUCCGAGCAUAAGCACAGAAUGCAUUUGUUCCCAUCGUCUCUUAGACUGAAGACAUCGUGUUUUUUGACUACACGCAGAGCGUUGUGCAGUGGAUAAAGACUACACUUAACUGUACAUUAUUGUGGUUCGUAGCUGUUAGUUGGCUGUCCCAACUCUGUUCGUGCCGACAACCCGUCGUUGUGUGGCUCGCAUUAUCUUCUAAAUGUAAAUUAUCAAUGUCAACCGCACCCUUAAUAUCGGAGACUUUUUGCUUUCCCCAGCAGCGUAUUUAUUGGUGGGAAGCAGAAGGGUGUAAUUAUUUUCGUUGUACUAUUUAAGAAUUUUAUACAGACUGUAAAAUGUGCUGGUAUGUUUAUUCCAAUGUGGUAUGUGUGUGUGGAAAUUAUAUUCUGAAAUAUCCCUGUUUGAA